GAUACAAGAUCAAGGAUCAUUUUUAAAAAUACAUCUAAAAAAAAUAAAAAAAUAAAAACUUUUUCAAAGGUGAUGUGCUUCCAAAGCAAGAGGCUGGAGUGAUGUAUAGAUGAUGAGCUUAUCUGCUGAAACGUUAUCUGCUUUGGGUUGAGAGCACAUGCUGAUGGGUUGAUGUGUGUUCCUUUCAGAGAGGACAGUCGAGUACUUCAUUUAUACGAACAGGACACGACUCUCGUAACAAUGUCAGAAGACUCUGAAGAAUCUCUGGGAUUUUCGCAAGGAUCUUUUAAAUAACCUGAUUUUGAUUAGCGAUCUGAGUGCUGAGAGGUGUCUCACAACGUGUGCCAUAACAAAACUACAGUGCUAUGCCAAGCUGAACCCUUGUAGAGUUAGCGGGAGGACUCUUGGACUCGAGUUAAAUGAGAGGAAGAUGAAUGCCAGUCACAUCUCUUGCAAUAACACUACUGAGCACCAAGUAACGUCAAUACAAGAAUAUCAGCAUCACAUCUAUGCCAUCUUCUACACUGUGAUUCUAGUUCCUGGACUGAUCGGCAAUGUUCUAGCGCUCUGGGUUUUUUACGCCUACAUAAAGGAGACAAAGAAGGCUGUGAUAUUCAUGAUCAACCUGGCCAUCGCCGAUCUGCUGCAGGUGCUAUCACUACCUCUGCGCAUUUACUACUAUUUGAACAACUCGUGGCCUUUCGGUGAUGCCGCCUGCAUGCUCUGUUUCUAUCUGAAAUACGUCAAUAUGUACGCCAGCAUCUACUUCCUGGCUUGCAUCAGUGUGAGACGCUGUCGCCUCAUUAUCCAGCCGCUGCGCUGUGGCGCCACAAAGAGACGGCAGGACCGCGGCUUGUGUUUAGUCGGGUGGUUCAUUGUGUGUUUGGGAUGCCUUCCGUUCCCUCUUCUACGAAAAAACCCUAUCCCCAAUACAGCAUUCUGCUUCUCUGAGCUACCCAUGAUGCAACUCAGCAAAGAACUAGGAGUGUCCCUGGUGACAUUUGCAGAGAUCACGGGCUUUCUUCUGCCGCUGGCUGUAGUCGUCACCUGCUCGUGGCUGACCGCGGCGAGUCUGCGUGAGAAGACCUGCGUGCUGCAGGACACUGGGGAAAAGCACAAGGCGCUCAAGAUGGUGUUGAGUUGUGCUGGUGUGUUCCUGGUGUGUUUCGUGCCCUAUCACAUCACUUUCCCUUUAGACUUUUUGGCCAAAUCAAACUGUAACGUCAGUUCUGUUUUUAGGAACGCAGUGCUCCACGCUCAUCCGAUUACCUUGUGUCUAGCGAGUCUGAACUGCUGUCUGGACCCAGUUAUGUACUACUUCACCACUGAUGAGUUCAAGCGGCGUCUGUCCAGGCCAGAAUUUCACGAAAGUUUGCCGUUACAGCACAGAACUUCUUUCUCCACAAAUUCAACAGGUCUAAACCAGACAGACAGAACUGACUGAGACAGCACAGGGAAAUUGUUUUAAGCCACAAAAUAAAGCUUUCUGUAUGUACAACUGAUAAACUCGAAACAUUUUUCUUAAGAAAUUCAUGAGAAAUCUUCAUUCUGCAUUGAAGGGGAAUGGGCAA